CUGACAUUAUUACGUAAUUUGAUUAGAUUUUAUAAAGUGUUUUGUGUUUGAUUUGAUUUUUUAUUUUCGUAUAGGGAACACAUGGACAGACAGUUGAGCGAAUUGUUAAUGGAACCUGGUGGUGAAUUUGAAAAUUUUACUCGAAUGUCUCUAGCUGAUUUUGAGUAUCUUUUAAAUAUAGUCUCACCAAUGAUUUCCAAAAAAGAUACUUCAAUGAGACAGGCAAUAACUCCAAAAAUACGGCUAGCAAUUACUUUGAGAUAUUUAGCCACAGGCGACAGUUUCAAGAGCCUACAUUAUUUAUUUAAAGUUUCAAGUGAAAUAAUAUCGCGGAUUGUUCCGGAGGUCUGUGCAGCACUAAAUGAGGCUUUGAAAGAUGAAAUUAAGAUGCCGUCAACUACAGAUGAGUGGAUAGAAAUUGAAAAAGGAUUUAGAGAUAAUUUUCCCUACGCCAUUGGAGCAAUCGACGGAAAACAUGUUGUAAUCAAAUGUCCUGAUCACACUGGAUCAGAAUAUUACAAUUACAAAAGAACCUUUAGUAUUGUUCUUCUAGCUGUAGUAGACAGUAAAUAUCGAUUUAUAUUUUGUGACAUUGGAAGCCAAGGAAGAAUCAGUGAUGGCGGCAUACUUAGAAAUAGUGUGUUAUGGAAAAAUAUUUGUGAAAAUAAGAUGAAUUUUCCUCCACCUUGCCCCUUACCCGGAUUAAACGUCGAUUUAUCAUAUGUUUUCUUGGGAGAUGGUGCUUUUGCAUUAAGCGAGAACUUAAUGAAGCCAUAUCCUGGCGAUCAUAAAUUGAAUACUCCCAAACGUAUUUUCAAUGAAACAUUGUCAAGGUCUCGUGUAUUGUCUGAAAAUACUUUUGGAAUAUUAACUUCCAGAUUCCGAUUUUUCAAAAAGCCAAUCGAAUUGAUGCCCGAAAAAGUGACGCAGUUAACAAUGACAUGUGUACUUCUACACAAUUUUCUUAUGAAAAGUUCUAGUUCAAAAAACAUUUAUAACCCGUCGGGCACUCUUGAUAAAUAUGAUAACGGCGUUUUUAUUGAAGGGGCUUGGAGGCAAGAAGUACCUCAAAACUGUGCUAUUCGAUGUGUACCACAUAUUGCUCGUCGAUCACCGAUUAGUGCGACUAAGAUUAGAGAUAAUUUCACUGAAUAUUUUGUGAAUUUAAGAAACAAAUAAAAUAUUGUAU